AUGAAGGUCUCUACUCUCGCAGUCACCGCGCUGGCUAGCGCCACCCUCUCAUCUGCGUCUAUCUCUCUGCCAAACGGAUGGUUUUCCAUUGCUCCGGAAGAAAAGAUUAAGCCGGGCAAGUUCAAGGGCGAGGACCGGUUCUUGACUUGGAUGGCCGACUCUCAGAUCAAGCAUGGUGUCGAACCUACUUUCGCCUACACCAUCUCAUCCUUUUACUCUGGUGUCUUGUUGGCUUAUAACCGAACCGGCGACCAAAAGUACUAUGAUUAUGUGAAGCACGCGGCUGAUAUCGUUCUCUACCCGGCAUGGGACGGCGAGAUCCUCUUGUACAACAAGAGUAACUCCAUCGAUGACAUCCGCUUUGGCCACACCUUCCUGGACCUUUACGGACUCACUGGUGAUGAGAUCUACAAGAAGGCUGCUCAGACCUUGCGCGGCCAAAUCGACCGCACCGGCCGCACCCCUGACGGCGGCUUUUACCACCGUUACCCUGUUUACAUCGACCAAAUGUGGCUGGAUGGCAUCUACAUGCUCGAUGUCUUCUACGCUCGCUGGACCCGCGAGUUCGAGGCAGAUAACUCUACUGCCUGGGACGAUAUUGCUCUCCAGUUCGACUUGAUCGAUGCCGGCACCACGGCCGAGAACCGCACCAACGGACUCCCGCUCCAUGGCUUUGAUUGGAGCAAGAAGGCCAUCUGGGCCCACCCGGAAACUGGCGCCUCUCCGCACGUCUGGGGUCGCGCCGUCGGCUGGUACAUCAUGGCUCUCGUUGACACUCUGGAACUGUUUCCCAAGGAACACCCCGGUCGUGAGCGCUUGAUUAAGUACCUCCAGUCCGUGUCAGAUGCUAUUGUCGCUGCCCAGGACAAGAAGACCAAGGGCUGGUGGCUGGUUAUGACCCCCGGCACUGAGGGCCAGUGGGGCAACUACAUCGAGAGCUCUGGUUCUUCCAUGUUUGUCUACGGCUUGCUCAAGAGUCUGCGUCUUGGAUACAUCAAGGGAGAUCAGUACCUCAAGACUGCUCUCAGCGGAUACAAGCUGAUGACGGAUACCUUCGCCACCACACGUAAGGGUGACAACGCUCUCGUCUACGGCUGGACUGUGCAAACCGGCAGCUUGAGCUCCAACGGUACUUUCGAGUACUAUGCCAGCAUGCCGCUCUUCGAGAACGACCUGAAGGGAGUUGCUCCCUUCUUGUUUUCUAGCUACGAAUAUGAGCUUUACUUGGAGCAGAAGAAGUAG